AUGAAACAAUGUUUGAGAAAUGAGGACAGGAUCAGUAUCUUGCCUGAAGCUCUGCAACUGCAUAUACUGUCUCAGCUUCCGACAAAAGAAGCCGCAGCCACUAGUGCUCUGUCUAAACAAUGGAGAUCUCUGUGGAAGUUGGUGCCUAAACUCAAAUUUGAUGAUGACAUUUACGAAUUCAAUCAAAGUGAGCACGAGACAUUCUCAGAGACUGUCUCCAGGGUUUUGCUGUCCCAUCAAUCUCCCGUUCUACAGAGCUUGCAUAUCCAUCUCAGAGUAGACAAGUGUCGCGCUGCGGACGUCGGAAUGUGGAUCGGAAUCGCGUACGCACGCCAUGUCCGGAAGCUCUCACUCUAUUUCGCAUCUGAGAGAGGUGUGACGAGCUUCAAAUUCCCUCUAGGGAUGUUUCACAGCGAAACGCUUGAGACCUUGGAACUCGGCGCUUGGGUCCUCGUAUACGUCCCUUAUCAGGCUCGUCUCAAGUCUCUCAAAACGCUGCGUUUGAGGAAUGUCGAAUAUGAAGACGAUUCGUCCGUUUUAAACCUUUUGUCUGGUUGCCCCAAGCUUGAAAACUUGGUGGUGAAUCGAGAUGAGGAUGGUGUGGAGAUCUUCACCGUUGAGGUUCCUUCUUUACAGAGGCUAACGAUUUUCGAUUCAAACGACGGGGAAAUGUCUGGAGGAUAUGUGAUAAAGGCCCCUGCUUUGAAAUACUUGGAGAUUCGUGGCGUUGAGUCUCGUCAGUGCUGUGUGAUUGAGAAUGCGCCAGAGUUGGUUGAGGCUAAGAUUGUGAAUGUCUCUAAGAUUGUCGACGAGAAGCUUCUGGUAUCUCUCACUUCAGUCAAAACACUUUCCUUGGCUUUGUCACCAUUGGAGAUUACAUUUCCUACUGGUAGUAUCUUCUAUCAGUUAGUGAAUUUGGAGCUACAAACAUGUAAAGCUGAGUGGUGGAAUCUACUUGUGCUCAUGCUUGAUGCUUCUCCUAGAUUACAAGUCCUCAAGCUCCUUGAUAAUUCUUGUUACAACGAUCGGGAUCGUAGUGUAGCAUGUAAGAAAUGGAGUCAACCAAACAAGGUUCCUGAGUGUUUGUUGUCCCAUCUCGAGACAUUCGUGUGGAGAAGCUACAGAGAACGACUAGAAGAGGAGAAAGUGGUGGCGAAAUACAUACUAAGUAACGCAGCUCGUUUAAAGAAGGCGAGUUUCUCCGAAAUGCCCAUUCAGGAUAGCAAUUCCCAAGAAAUGGUGGAUGAAUUGGAGAGUGUUGUCAGAGCUUCAACUUCAUGCGAGCUUGCGUUUGAAUGA